AUGAAACAUAAAAUCAUUGUACACGCUGCAUAUUGUACGAAUGACAAUGAUGCGGAAUUGUUACCAAUUACUUUAAACGAUGAACGCAUGCGUUAUCAAUAUGAUCUGAUUGGUAAAGAUCAAUUGAAACACGAACGUGUUGAUAAACAGAAAGCUAUUGCUGAGCUCAAUUCAAUUAUUUUUGAUACGAAUAAACUUAAUAUUUUUCAACCAAUGCUAGACAAUCAUACGAUAGUUUUAUUCAACAAUCAUAAUUUCUUACAUGGUCGAACCAAAAUUCAAGGCAUGGAUCGGUAUUUACUUCGCGUACGAUUUAAUUUAAAACAUGAAUGA